AUGGCGGCGUAUCAGAACCGCAACUCGCAGUAUGCGACGGGCAGCAACGAGAAGCGCGGCCAGCGCACCCGCUCCAGCGAGGGAACUGUCAGUACAACCAUGAGCUCAUCGUCAGGCCGCGAAUCAGCAGCGACUCACGUAACGGAGGCCCCGACAUAUUCGAAGAAGAUUGUCGUUGUAGGAGACGGCGGAUGCGGCAAGACAUGUCUGCUCAUCAGCUACAGCCAGGGCUAUUUUCCAGAGAAAUAUGUUCCUACAGUAUUCGAAAACUACAUCACCUACCCGACGCACCCGCCCACCGGCAAGACGGUAGAGCUCGCCUUGUGGGAUACCGCCGGCCAAGAAGAAUACGAUCGCCUCCGUCCCUUGUCGUACCCGGAAACCGACCUCAUCUUCGUUUGCUUCGCCAUCGAUUGCCCCAAUUCGCUGGACAAUUGGUACCCCGAGGUUCUGCAUUUCUGCCCUUACACCCCCCUGAUUCUGGUCGGCCUGAAAUCAGAUCUCCGACACAAGAAAUCCUGCAUCGACAUGCUCAAGACCCAGGGACUCACGCCUGUCACCGCAGAGCAGGGAAUGGCUGUUGCCAAGAAGAUGGGAGCCCAGUAUAUGGAGUGCAGCAGUAAGGAAAUGCGAGGUGUCGACGAAAUCUUCGAGCAGGCCAUCAUGACGGUUGUGGCCAACGACCGGAGGAACAUGGAGACGCCCACCGCGUUGGCUGCGUCCGCGGGCGAUGGGAAGACACAAGCUCCCGUGGGCUCGCUCGAAAAUCUCGGAAUGCUCAUCAUUUCUGCACCGGCAGCAGAAGGCAGCACGCCGUCGAGGGUGGAUUUGUUCUUGGGCGUCGAGAGCGGGUUGCAGAUGCGCGUGUGGACGCGGACGUGGAUGCGGAUACCGAAAUUGUAA